AUGCUUACAAAAAAAUCUCUUAGUGCACUAAGAAGGAUCCAUUCCAACACAAAAAUUUGUACUUCGAAAAGAAAUGUUUUAAAAAAAGCUUCUGAUUUAAUCCCUAAGGAACCUGUUUGGAAACAUAUUGAAGAAGUUGAUCUUCCACCACCUACAAAAAUUUCAUUAUCAAAAGCAAGACAUUUGGAACAACUAUCAUUGGUAAAUUUUGAGGACACAAAUGCUGUGAAAAGACUGGAGAGUGCGAUACGUUUCGCAGACCAGAUAUUGCAUGUUGACACUGAUGGAGUUGAGCCUUUGGUAUCUGUUUUGGAAAAUGUGCCUCUCCCAAUGAGAGAUGAUGAACCUCAGGAAACAAAAGGAGAUGUAUUAAAAUUACCGCAAGAAGUAUUUGAGGGCUAUUAUAUUGCUCCAGUUGGAAAUAAAGUUUAUGAGGGCGAAACCUUUUUUGACAUUGAUAAUGAAAAAGAUGACAAAUUAAGCUGA